ACUCGGCUAAGAUGGCCGACGGCGAAAGUGGGUGCCCGGCGGGGCGGGAACCGGGGCCGGCGCCGGGACCGGAGCCGGGAGAAGAGUUCGAGAUUGUGGACCGAAGCCAGCUGCCCAGCCCUGGCGAGCUGCGGAGCGCGGCCAAGCCGCGGGUGGGGCCGGAGGGCUGGUCGGCGCCCAUCCUGACCCUGGCGCGGAAGGCCACGGGCAACCUGUCGGCGAGCUGCGGGAGCGCGCUGCGCGCGGCCGCGGGGCUGGGCGGCGCGGACGGAGGCGCGGAUGGUGCGGCGCGCGCAGCAGCUUCCAAGUGCCAGAUGAUGGAGGAGCGUGCCAACUUGAUGCACAUGAUGAAACUCAGCGUCAGAGUCUUGCUCCAGUCUGCCCUGAGCCUGGGCCGCAGCCUGGAUGCGGACCAUGCCCCCUUGCAGCAAUUCUUUGUAGUGAUGGAGCACUGCCUCAAACACGGGCUGAAAGUCAAGAAGAGUUUUAUUGGCCAAAAUAAAUCUUUCUUUGGUCCUUUGGAGCUGGUAGAGAAACUUUGUCCAGAAGCAUCAGAUAUAGCCACCAGUGUCAGAAAUCUGCCAGAAUUAAAGACAGCUGUGGGAAGAGGCAGAGCCUGGCUUUAUCUUGCACUCAUGCAAAAGAAACUGGCAGAUUAUCUGAAAGUGCUUAUAGAUAAUAAACAUCUCUUAAGUGAAUUCUAUGAGCCUGAGGCCCUGAUGAUGGAAGAGGAAGGGACGGUGAUUGUCGGUCUGCUGGUGGGACUCAAUGUUCUUGAUGCCAAUCUCUGCUUAAAAGGGGAAGACUUGGAUUCUCAGGUUGGAGUGAUCGAUUUUUCCCUCUACCUUAAGGAUGUGCAGGAUCUCGAUGGUGGCAAAGAGCACGAAAGAAUUACUGAUGUCCUCGAUCAAAAAAAUUACGUGGAAGAACUUAACCGGCACUUGAGCUGCACAGUUGGGGAUCUUCAAAGCAAGAUAGAUGGCUUGGAAAAGACGAAUUCAAAACUUCAAGAAGAGCUUUCAGCUGCAACAGACCGGAUUUGUUCCCUUCAAGAAGAGCAGCAACAAUUAAGAGAACAAAAUGAGUUAAUUCGCGAAAGAAGCGAAAAGAGUGUGGAGAUAACAAAACAAGAUACAAAAGUUGAGCUGGACACUUACAAGCAAACUCGGCAAGGUCUGGAUGAAAUGUAUAGUGAUGUGUGGAAGCAGCUAAAAGAAGAGAAGAAAGUCCGUUUGGAACUAGAGAAAGAGCUGGAGCUGCAGAUUGGAAUGAAGACGGAGAUGGAGAUCGCAAUGAAGCUGCUCGAAAAGGACACCCACGAGAAGCAGGACACCCUGGUGGCCCUCCGUCAGCAGUUGGAGGAAGUCAAAGCGAUUAAUUUACAGAUGUUUCACAAAGUUCAGAAUGCAGAGAGCUGUUUACAGCAGAAAAACGAAGCCAUCACAUCUUUUGAAGAAAAAACCAACCAGGUUAUGUCCAGCAUGAAACAGAUGGAAGAAAGGUUACGGCUGUCCGAAAGGGCCAGGCAGGGGGCCGAGGAGCGGAGCCACCAGCUGCAGCAGGAGCUGGGCGGCCGGACGUGCGCUUUGCAGCAGCAGCUCUCGCAGCUGCAAGAGCAGUGCUCAAGUCUAGAGAAAGAGCUGAAAUCCGAAAAAGAGCAAAGACAGGCUCUUCAACGAGAAUUACAGCAGGAGAAAGACACUUCCUCUCUGCUCAGAGCAGAGCUACAGCAAGUGGAAGGAUUGAAAAAGGAGCUGCGGGAGCUCCAGGAGGAGAAGGCAGAGUUGCAGAAGGUUUGCAACGAGCAGGAACAAGCCCUCCAGGAAAUGGGACUGCACCUCAGCCAGUCAAAGCUGAAGAUGGAAGACAUCAAAGAAGUAAAUAAGGCACUGAAGGGCCACACGUGGCUGAAAGACGACGAAGCGACGCACUGUAAGCAGUGUGAGAAGGAGUUCUCCAUUUCCCGAAGAAAGCACCACUGCCGCAACUGCGGCCACAUCUUCUGCAACACGUGCUCCAGCAACGAGCUGGCGCUGCCCUCCUACCCCAAGCCCGUGCGUGUGUGCGACAGCUGCCACACGCUGCUCCUGCAGCGCUGCUCCUCAUCCACCGGCUCCUAGGCCCGCGGGCGUCGCAACACAGCCUCGGAACAGUGCCAAACUCUGUGUGGGUCUCGGGGGGAUGCCCAGGAGCUUGGGGAAGCUGGUUUCCCAGGAGCAUCUGGAAGGGACGCGAUCCUGGUGGGCUGUACACCCAGCAUGGCAGCCUGGAAGGUACACGCCUCCUUCCCAGACUGUGUGGAGUUAACCGUCUGUCUGCUAACCUGUCUGGGUUGAAACGCUUCCUUACCACUCAGCUACGUCACUGGCUUUGGCUCCGAUGUAACUUCAUGAUUUUGCUACUGUCAUUUUUCACUUCUCAAAAAUUGCCUAGUUUUACGGCAGUUGUACUAGUGUAGUGAGCGACCGGUAGUGUGCCCCCUCACUGUGCCUUCCCACCUCAGAGGCCAGAGGUCUGCCACAUCACACCCUUGUGAGUAUGUGUCUUUGGACCUGCAAUAAAAUCGUUUAUUUUUCACUCCGGU